AUGGACAAACUAGCCCCAAGCUUCAAAGGUAGCAAUGCCGUGGAAAUCCGCAAGGACAACGACGAUGACCAAGCAUAUAGUACUGAUACCAAGAGCCCUUGGAAAAAAGCCACGUCUAUGUUCCAAAUUCCCCUCGGACAGCGAGGUCCUGUUGUUGCGAUCCAAAGACCUAGCGGUCCAUCGCCUCACUAUAACAGAGUCGCUGGGGCGACUUUCCCCGCUGUUUCAAUUCAAAUGCCUAGCGCCACGGUCCCAUCGCCUCACUAUAACAGAACUGUUGGGGCGAACCUUUCUAUAAUAUCAGAGACUACGGAACCACAAAAGACUAUGGGUCGUUGGCUUAACUAUACGCCAAUGUUUGCAUCUUUACAGUCAUCUUUGUCGAGCGCCACAAAGUAUACCCGGAGUACGUCUGGCCAGGUAGCUUCUCAGAAAUUCGAAAUGAGUGCUGCUGUGGAACAGUCUGUAGACAGUCAUAUUGUCUUGUCGUCGGCUACGGUCGAAGGGAAGAAAGAUACUAGUUUCACGGCACGGUCGAUUGAUUUGGAAGCGCAGAAAUCGGAUUCCUCAUCAUAG